UCGGGGCGGGCGCGCCAGAGUUGCAGCGGUGCGCUCUUCGGGUGAUGCACAUGUGGUUUUGCGCCUCUCCAGCGGAGAGAAACUGGGCAGUCCACGAGGGCAUUCACACGAAGAAGCGCAACCAGUUGGCCUUCGAGAAGGUCGUUCAACUCGUUGAGAUCACCGCAAACGUGCGGUUGACGGAGUAUCGGCGGGUUGGAUGUGGUUAUGUGCUGCCAUGGCAGCAGGAUGAGGGCAUGCUGGAUUGCCAGGCAGGACUCGAGGUGGAGCCUGUGCGGAUGGGCACGCGUAGGGGGAUGACGGAGGAGGAGAUUGCCCGUCAGGAGGAGGGGGCACCAUCUGCAGCAGCAGUGGAGGGGGGGAUGGCACCAGCGGCGGUGGCGGACGCGACGAUCGCAGCCGCGGUGGACGAGAUAGCAGCAGCAGCAGCAGCAACAGUGUUGGAGGAGAUGGCAACAACACUGCUGGAGGAGGAGGCAACAGUGGAGGUGGACGGGGCAGUAGCAGUGGAGGAGGAGGACACACCGUCGGCAGCUGCAGUGGAGGGGGGGGUGGCAGGACCAGUGGAGAAGGAGAUAGCCGCACAGGCGGAGGUGCAGCAUGGGGGCGAUGACGAGCGUGUCAUGCAGCAUUUCCUCAUAGAGGAGCUGGAUCCGGUCAUAGCGGGUAUGACCCCGGGUGUGGCGAGGGGGUUUGGGAUUUCGGAUUCGGAGAUGGGGACCCACUUAAACUUUGAUUUGUCGAUGGGCCUUCCACCUAGUUGUGGCGGGGCAACAUCGACGGAUCGGGCUCCAUCGAGGGACGAGGCGGCAGGACAGACUUUGACGCAGACCCCGUGGGAGAGGACGACGACUGAGUCUCCAGAUGUAUCACGCGAAAUCAUGAAGCGAGAGAGGGGUCGACUUUUGGCAUCGAGUAACCCGCGUGCUCAGGCGUUCGCACGGGCCUUGGAGGAGGCUAGGCUUCGAGAGACAGGGGGGGAUUGUGUGCAGGGUGGGGUGGUGGCGGGGGAGGACGUUGCGGAGGGAGUGGCAGCAGAGGCGGUCGAUGAGGCAUUGCCGGGUGGAGCAGAGGCAGCGGACGUUGCGGACGUUGUUGUGGAGGGACGGUCAUAGGCAGUGGAUGAGGCUGUGCAGGUAGGACAGCGACGAGACGAUGGGGCUAUAGACGCAAGGCGCGUGUUCCAGGAGACAGC